UGAACUCAACAAAGAGUUACUAAAUGUGUGUGUUAUGACGUCUCUUAUUUUUUAAUUACCUAUUCCAAAGAGGUUCAGCACAAAUAAAACAAAUCCUUCGCAAAUAACUAGAGUAAAAAGGCAUCUCACUAAGCAUAAAGAUAAAACCCAACAAUCUGCGACCACGAAAUUACCAUUCUGAAGCUGAAGAAAAUUAAAGCUAAACGGUUAGGUUGGCAACGCUGCGAGAGCGAGACGCACGCAGCUAAACAACAAAGAAAGAGCGAGACGCAAGCUGGGCGGAGUUAACUUGUAACCAGUGUAUUUAGACCUUCCAUUGUCCGUUACGCUAAAGUAAUACAAGUCAGAAAGGAGAUUUUGUAUUGAAUGUGGCAGCGCAAUCUAUACUGGGCGCUUAGAACCGCCUCCAUACAAGCAAUAUGAGUAGAUAAUAGGCAUUCGGGAUAUUUUUAAUUCAGUAGUUACGUACUUUCGCGCGCGGGUGACGGUUCCAAUUUUGAAUAUCGAACGCGAUUUGUUGUGUGUUUUGUGGAGUGUGUUUGUGGUGAAGUUUUUUUUUAUUGGUUGUGAAGCAAGCCAUGUAAAAGCAACCAUGUCCUCGCAAGUGCUCCCCUACCGCCGCGAGUCCACCGAGGAGCUGAACAUCGAGGAGACCAGCCGCUCCAGCAGCCCUAAGAACAUGAAGUUCUACGAAGACAAGACCACCCUGAGCACGAAGAAGAGCUUCUGUAUUGACGCUCUGCUGUCCCCGGAGUCCAGUCUGCAGGAUAAAAUGACGCACCAGAAGUAUUUGGCGUUUAUUCAGAAUAAGAAUUAUAUUACUAGGUACCAAGACAACUACGACGCUCAAAUAGAACAGAACACGAUAAACAAGUUCCCCGAGAGCGGCUCCGGGCAGAGCAGUCCCCGCAGCGUCAGUCCAGGAUCUGAUGAUGGAAACCGGUCGGGGUCCUACAGCCCACCCAUCUCACCAGGCGUUGAGGGUGGCAAUGAGGAAUAUGAGAGCUAUAGACCAGGAAUAGUCCCCAAACCCGGGUUACUCCCGCAGCCGCCCGUGAUGGCGCAGUCCCCCCUCUUCAACUACCAGAUGCCGGGCCCCCUGCCCUCAGCCUUCCACCACCCUGGAGACAGGGUCCUGCAUCACAUGCAGCUCGAGUGGCUGGCCAGGACUGGCAUGUUCUACCACCGAAUACCAGAGCUUGGAGGAGCACCCCACGCAUUGCUCGGCAAGACUCGACGCCCGCGCACUGCCUUCACCUCCCAACAGCUGCUGGAGCUGGAGAAACAGUUCCGCAUGAACAAAUACCUGUCGCGGCCCAAGCGGUUCGAGGUCGCCACCAGCCUCAUGCUGACUGAGACACAGGUAUAUCUAUCGCUCUAUUACUCAGGCGCACCGCACGCUCUCCUCGGCAAGAUGAGAUGCCCACGCACUGCCUUCACCUCUCAACUGCUGCUGGAGCUGGAGAAACAGUUUCGCAUGAACAAGUACCUGUCGCGGCCCAAGCGGUUCGAGAUCGCCAACAGCCUCAUGCUAACUGAGACAGGUAUAUCUGUCUCUUUAUCACUCAGGCGCACCGCACGCUCUCCUCGGCAAGACGCGACGCCCACGCACUGCCUUCAGCUCCUAACAGCUGCUGGAGCUGGCACAACAGCUCCGCAUGAACAAGUACCUGUCGCGGCCCAAGCGGUUCGACGUCGCCAUCAGCCUCAUGCUAACUGAGACACAAGUAUAUCUGUCUCUCUAUCACUCAGGCGCACCGCACGCUCUCCUUUGCAAAACGCGACGCCCGCGCACCCUUCACCUCUCAACUGCUGCUGAAGCUACCGAAUAUAUUUUAAAACAUAUUUAAAACCGGGCUAACGCGAAUUUAUUUUGUUACCUUUAUUUCCGAGUUUUCCGACGUUUCAACGCAGGUUUCACUGAUGGUAAAUAAAUUCGCGAUAUACCCAGUUUUAACCUCUUGAACGCCAAGAACACCUAAAGUCAUAGUUACUAGUCGUGCCCACAGCGCCAAGGACAACUACCUAUAGGAAUCAUGGCGGACGCUGUCAAAGUAAUCUUUACACUUUCGAGUAAUGUUUAAUAUUAGCUCGCUUGCACCCGGUACCUUAGCGUUUAAGUGAUGUUUGUGUUUUAAACAUAAAGCGUUCAAAGGGUUAAAGAUCUUCGCACACUAUACCAAUUCCACACCAACUCAACUCACUUUUGGUUCACCUUAGUGGACGACGAGUGGACGACGCGUAGACCACCCGACAGUUCUAAAUUUUAAACAUUGUACUAUAGCUAUAGGACAUACAAGAUAAGGCUUUAAUUUCAAUAUUUAAUUUUGAGCCGAGUGGCUGUUGAGUUGUAACAAUGUGCUAAGACCUUAAAUAUGUUUUAAAAUGUGUUCAAAACGCAAAAGUGUUAAAUGUUAUAGAAUACCGAAUAGUUUCCAAAUAUUCGUUGGCAUCUCAAAUUUUACUCUGACAUUCGUUAAUUAUUUUAACAAAAUGAAAUGUAAUUCAUUUUAAUAGAAUUGUAGUUUCAAACCCAAGAUUAGUAGAGGACAUUUUGACUAAGUAUAAAGUUUCAUGACAGAACUAGGAUUACCAAAUGUAAAGUCACGACUAUAAAACCCCUUAGUAUAGUUUCACUCUCUCGAUUACAAAUGGGGGAUGGCAGUAAUGUAGUAAACACGCUUGCCGUCGGUUUGAGGGAUAAUCUCAGAGGGUCUCUACUGGUAUCAUAAUAAUAAAUGUGGCACUUGUCUUUUGCUUUCACUCGAAGUAUUUUGUAUUUUUUCAUCACACUUGCUCGAAAAAGAUCUUAUUUCAUGCCUAUUUUGUUCCCACUUGACAUAUUUUUAAUUUAUAAUAUUUGCAUGACUUAAUUGUAAUUCA